GUUAACAACGAUAAUACGUAAUUUUUUUUCAAUAUCGAUAAUGUUGCAAUCUAAUCUACAGAAAACUACUUACCAACUACGUAUGGGUUUCAUCAUAAAAUCAUGUAAAUUUCUGUAAAUACCCUUCCUCUAUUUAUGUGUAUUUUACUAUUGUUCGUCCAUUAUACAUUUAUUCUGUGGUUAAUCACAAAUUGAUAAACCUGUGGUAGUUUUUAUUAUUUAUUUAAUAAUAAUAAAAAUGUCUUAUUCAUCUGCUCGAUCUGCUCCUCAGCUGGCUCAACAAAAGCCAAAUACAAACAAGAUUGCAGUUAGAAGUGAUGGGAUUGCAAGGCCAACAACAUGUUAUAGAAAUCAAACUUAUUCAACUAAUGGACAUGUCUUAGGUGGAGGAGAAGGAUAUGCAUCACCAGGAGGCGUCCAAAAUCGAACUGAAAGGUUACAAGCUCAAUUUGAAACUGAUUUAAAAAUUUUUAAAGAAAAGCAAGCAUUGAAAGAAGCAAAGAAACGCGAAGAGUUUUUGAAAAAAACUGCCAAAUAUGCUGGAAAUGUUUUGGGAAGAGGAGAAGGUUCUAACAAUAAUAAUGAUAACACAUUCAUGUUAGAACAGCGUAACUUACGAUUACAAGAAAGUUACCAGAAGGAUGUUGAUAAAUUUAAAGAAUCCAAAGAGAAGAAAAACAUUUGUGGAGAAGAUAAAAUCAUGAAGGAAAAUGAAAAUUUAACCAAUAAUUUGAAUCAGGUCUUAACAGAAGCUGAUCAUAAAAAAGCUUUAAGGUUGCGUACUGAAAGAUUACAAGCUCAGUAUAACAGGGAUGUUAACGCAUUCAAGGCUAAACAGGAAAUGGGAAAAAAAUGAACUGCAACAAAUUUUCUAAUUUUAAGAGUUAUUAUUGUAUUAAAUCUUUGUAAUAGUUUGUUAAUGGGUUUUCUAAUGUAUUUUCAAAAAUAUAUUUGCACUUAAUGUUAA